AGUCACAGUCACAGUCGCUCGCCUACUGUUCCGCUGGAUUCUCGCUCGUUUCUUCUCGGCUCGUUCUCGUCCCGUGUGGCUCACUUUUGACCAAACAGAGGAAGGAAAAAAAAAAAUCACACACAAAAACGGGUGUGUUUCUUCCCGAAAAAAAGCUCUUUUGCCAGUGAAUUUUGUGUGAUUUUACGUGGACGACGGGGGAAAUAGUCCUUUUGGAAGGCGAUUUCGAUUAGGAUAGCGUUAAACUUUGAAGGAAAACAGGUGCAUUGCGGUUUCUUGAAGUUCGUUCAAAAAGCCCGCAGUAGGCCAUCGAAUUCGGCCAGGAAGUUAAAUUGCUGAUUGAAGCUGAAAAAACACAAGAGGAAAAAAAAAGUUAAAGGUGAAAAAUCGAAAAUCAAGUGAAUGCGAAAAAAAGAACACUCUGUUGAGGUGGAAAAAGGGCUCUGGUGUGAAAAGCACGCACGCACACACUCACACAAGCAGCACAAGAUCCUGACAGGAGCAGCGCUCGCACACACUCAAAGAUUCUCACACGCAAUAGCAGGCGGGCGAAUUCGGAGUUGCUCUUGGAAAAAGGAUUACUCUCGCGCGCGCGGUGUUUGUCCUUUUUUUUUCCUCAACGCCAACUCUGUGUGUUGCGGGAAAUAUUGGCAAUUGUGGGUUCACAACUGUGUGCGUGUGUAGUUGUAGUAGGCAGAAUGUGUAUGAUUGUGUGAACAGCCCCCCCGCACGAUACAGGCGAAGGAGCAGCAAGGAUUACUCAACGCCUGCUGAGAGUGGUGUGAAUAUGUGCGCGCUUGCUGAGGUUCUGUAAUUUGGUCGGAAAAAGGAAGCAAAAAAAAAAAAAACGUCAAAAGGAUUUAAAUUUCACACACGCGACGACAUUCACGGGCGGUUCGAGCAGCAUCAGCUUGGAGGAGCAGCGCUAGGAAAAUAUUAAAAUAACCGGGCGUUACUGUGGUGCGAAAGGUGACACACUCUCUCCCUUGCGCGCGUGAUCCAAUCUCUGCUCUGAGACGACAAGCUGAGCCAAUGAGCGCCAACGAUGCGUUAGCAUAGUGACUAUGGGAUCAGAGGCAUGGGCAUGUGCGUGGACCCUGGGGCAUUCCGGUGGUGUCAGGCAUUAAGCCGGUCGCAAUCGCUAGCCACAGCCAGCCACGCCAGCAGCAACAGAGCCUCGAACCCGGCCCAAGCCCAACGCGGCACGGCCCCGGCAUCAGCAGCAGUAGGUACAGCGGGAACGUCUUCUUCUUCGUCUUCUGCGUCCUGUGGUGCCGCCGGAAGUCACCAUCAUCAGCAGCCGACAGUGCCCACGGUCAGCAGCAACAGUCAGCAGGCCAACUACCGGCACGUGUCCAGUUUUCACCAUGCCAAGGUGCGCCGUAGUCUAAACGCAACAAUCUUCAUCAAGAAGAAGCAAGCGGUUGCUGCAGCCACUUCGACGGCAGCAACCACCACAACAACCACAACAACAGAUUCUAAAUCCAAGUCGGCGACAACCAACAGCAACAACUAUUAUCUCAACAACAACACUAGUAAUAACGAAACCACUAGCUAUAGCAGGGCCGGCAGUUGCAGGAGGGCCACUAGAGAAUCGAAUAGUCUUAGUAGCAGAAGUGGCAGCAUCGUCAGCAACGCCAGCAGCAGCAGUAGUAGUAGCAUCGAGCGGGCACUAGCGGCGCGGCGGCGAAAUCUCAGUCUUAGCACUAACAAAUUGAACGAACACUACAGCUGCAGUGCGGCGGCGUUGAACUGGCUGAUCUCAUCGUUUGUGCUGCUGCUCUGCAUCACCCUAUGCACUAGCUCAAUUAGUCCUCCUGCCCCCCAGGAUGCCGUGCACAUCACCGCCAUCCUCGGCGAGAGUGUCGUGUUCAACUGCCACGUCGAGUUCCCCGGCGAUCAUCCCGUUCCCUACGUCCUGCAGUGGGAGAAGAAGGUGAGCGAAACGGGUCAGGAAAUUCCGAUCUACAUCUGGUACGAGAGCUACCCGACGCACAGCGGCGAGGGUUACGAGGGGCGCGUAUCGCGAGUGUCGCCGGAUUCGAGCUUCGGCGCGGCCUCGCUCAACCUCACCAACAUCCGCGAGUCGGACCAGGGCUGGUACGAGUGCAAGGUGGUGUUCCUGAACAGGCCGCCGAAGCAGCACAAGAACGGCACCUGGUUCCAUCUGGACGUGCACGCGCCCCCGCGGUUCAGCGUUACGCCGGAGGACAUCAUUUACGUUAAUUUAGGCGAUUCGAUUAUACUAAACUGCCAGGCAGAUGGCACCCCCACGCCCGAGAUCCUGUGGUACAAGGAUGCCAACCCGGUGGAUCCGUCUUCUACUGUUGGCAUCUUUAACGAUGGUACCGAGCUGCGGAUCAGCACGAUCCGCCACGAAGACAUCGGCGACUACACGUGUAUCGCGCGCAAUGGUGAGGGACAAGUCUCCCAUACUGCCCGUGUUAUAAUAGCGGGCGGCGCUGUAAUCAUGGUGCCGCCCACUAAUCAAACGAAACUGGAGGGAGAGAAGGUGCAGUUCACGUGCGAGGCCAAGGCGAUGCCCGGCAACGUGACGGUGCGGUGGUUCCGCGAGGGGUCCCCGGUCCGGGAGGUGGCCGCCCUCGAGACGCGCGUCACGAUCCGCAAGGACGGGUCGCUCAUCAUCAACCCGGUCAGUGCCGACGACUCCGGCAUGUACACCUGUGAGGUAUCGAACGGCAUCGGAGAACCACAAAGUGCUUCGGCUUUUUUAAAUAUAGAGUAUCCUGCCAAAGUGACCUUCACCCCAACAAUACAAUACUUACCGUUUCGUUUAGCUGGUGUUGUACAAUGCUAUAUAAAAGCAAAUCCUCCUCUACAAUAUGUAACAUGGACCAAAGAUAAAAGAUUACUGGAACCUUAUCAAACAAAAGAUAUAGUUAUAAUGAACAACGGCUCGCUGUUGUUCACCCGGGUCAACCAGAACCAUCAGGGCCGGUACACGUGCACGCCGUACAACGCCCAGGGUACGCAGGGAUCGUCGGGUCACAUGGAGGUUCUGGUGCGGAAACCGCCGGCCUUUACGAUCGAACCGGAUCCACUGUACCAGCGGAAAGUGGGCGAAGCGGUUGAGAUGCACUGCGAUGCCCAGGAGGCGGAAGGAACGUCCAAGCCGACCAUCACCUGGCAGCGACGGGACGGUCAACCGUUGCAGAAGAACCGGGUCCGGAUUCUAAACGGUAACAUCACGAUCGAGAACCUGCGUCGAUCGGACUUUGGUUACUACCAGUGCGUGGCCUCCAACGAGGUGGCCACGAUCGUGUCGGCGACGCAGCUCGUGAUCGAGGGCACCCAGCCACACGCCCCGUACAAUCUGAGCGGGACGGCCACCGAGUUUUCGGUGACGCUCUCGUGGAUGCCCGGCUACAGCGGAGGUCCGGACUACAAGCAGGACUAUACCAUCUGGUAUAGGGAGGCCGGCGUGUCGGACUGGUCAACGAUCCCGGUGACGCCGUCCGGCAGCACCCAGGUCACGAUCAACCGACUCUCGCCUGGGACGACGUACGAGUUCCAGGUGAUUGGGAAGAAUGCCCUCGGCGACGGCAUGAUGAGUAAGGUCAUCACGAUACGAACGUUAGAUGUCCAAAAACCGAAGAAAACAUCGACUACGACAGCUGCACCAAACGAAAAAGAGUUUAAGCACGCUUCCGAUGACUUGGGUCCCAAGCCGGGUCAGCCGCGGAACGUGUCGGUGCUGGAGAUUCCGAACGGCUUCCUAAUCUCGUGGCAGGUUCCGCUGGAGCGGGCCCACCUGGUGCAGUUCUACACGAUCAAGUACCGGACGGACGCCCAGUGGAAGACGCUCAACCGGGGCCAGAUCCGGCCGGAGGAGACGUCCUACCUGGUUAAGAACCUGGUCGGCGGCCGGACAUACUACUUCCGGGUGCUGGCCAACUCGCUCAAGAGCUACGAGACGAGCGAGGAGAUCAAGUUCCCGGUGCCGGCCCGGGUCAAGCACAAAGCCAUCACGGCCGGCGUGGUCGGCGGGAUUCUGUUCUUCAUCGUGGCCAUCAUCCUGUCGAUCUGCGCCGUCAAGAUCUGCAACAAGCGCAAGCGCAGAAAACAGGAAAAAGAACUCAACAUGGUAACAGCACGGAUCACGGACCGGAAUGCCCUAAGCCAGCCGGUGCCUUUGAGGAGAUAUCUACACGACGAAAGCAAGAGCAGCCGCUUGCCAGGCUUGAGCAUCCUGGUGGCCAUUUUGCACUGGAUUUGGCCACCCGGGCGGUGCCAGAACUGCGACAGCAUCUACUCGAACAAGUUCACCGGUGACCAGGAGAAGCAGAACCUCGGCCAGAUUCACCGAUCGUCGGACGGACGGUUCGUGAUACCGCAGGACGCGGUCGAUGGGAUCGUAUCGCUGAGGAACAGCAUCGUGUCGUACUACAGUAGCAGCGACGACGGCGGCUUUCUGCCAAAGCGACUCUCGUUGACGAGGGCGUCCUGGCGGAAGCCGCUGGUGACCUGUCCGAGCCAGCUGAGCUUGCGCUCCGACGAGGACGGGUUCAACGUGGCAGAGCCACAGCAGGCCGUCCAGUCGCUGUACACGAACACGAUGCCGGAGAAUCUGCACAACCUGACGACCAUCAGUUCCAGUGUGGCGCCUAUGAUGACAACCCAGUCGUUGUACACGACCCCAUCGCGGAUAUCCAAGGUGGUGGCCAGUUCACCGGCUACCUCGAGUCCACAGGUCGUCAAUUCGCCAUGGUCACCGCUUUACUUUAGUGAUCUCAGUUCGGUGCAUCAUCUCAGCUCGGCGGAACGAUCCUUCCCAACGCCACAGAGUGCAAUGUCCGCCCACCAGAGGUACAACUACGCCGGAUAUAACCAUGAACUGCCGGUGCUGAGUAGUUUGCAGAACAGUUCUCGCCAUCACCUGUCGCACGGAUUCGUUCCACUGCACGUGCCCGGAUCUUCGAGGCACUACCACCAGAACGUGUACCAAAAUGUGCCCUUCCACAGCCACAAUACGUACAGCAAUCGGCCAAAGUUCUCCCGGUACCACCCGCGGCUAAUGCCUCGAAGCCUAACCCGAGCGAUCCCGGAACUGCGCUCUCCUCUGCUGAAUCUCAACCUCAGCACGACGCCUCUCAGCGCGGCUCUGGAAGCCUCUCCCCAGAGUUACUCCAGUUCCAGUGGGUUCGGAAGUAAAAACACCUCCAACAACACCCAACAGCAAAACGCUAGCUUCCAAACCAGCAAUCUCCUGCGGGAAUGGCGAUACCUGCCACCGUAUCGACCACCUCCUCCGCCACCCAGUUUGCACCACGCGGCACCGCUUUCCUUUGGUGGAGGUCGAUUCGACCACCCGCCCUACUCCAUGUCCCACUGGCUGGAGCUGAUCACAAGACUGAACCUGGCUUCGGAGAAGGCCAACAUCAACAACGCCGCGGACGUGGGCAGCGUGGACGGCCACUACGAGUUUGACCCGUCGACGCCGACGCCGACGGCGUCCACUCCGACCGGAAUCAUGCGGGAUGACUUCCUGAUGACGCUGCCGUCCACGUCCAGUGAUUUACUGUGGAAUGCGGCGGGGUUGACGCUGGAGGGAGGAGUUGGUAGCAGCGUGUUUGGUGGACCAGGUGUGACGGGGUUGACGAGCGUGGGUAGGAAACGGGGCCAGUCCCGGUACGACAACAUCGACGAGCGCGUCGAGGCCAUGAAGGAGGAGUUCAACGAGUGGCGCAAGCGGCAACAGCACACCACCUUGACCGACAGCAGGCUGCUCGAGCUGGAAAGUUCCUGCUAGGACAGUUGUGCAGUGUAAUGUUUUGUUUGGGUGGCUUUGCCUUCUUCAAAACGGUCGUUUUAGAACAAUUUUCGGAUUGUUGUAGACUUCACAGUAUUUUUCCACUCAUCAAAACACGCGACUUGUCUCGUUUACAUUUUGAAACGUCAUUUUCUCGCUGUCAAGUAGGCUGCACCUUCUUUCGUGACGCAGGGUUGGACUCGCGCACACUGUCAGUUGAGGGCAAAGUUGCCAACUCAGACAAAACAUUGCAGCUGCACGACAAUCGCAACCAACCAAGUUUUGCAAAGAUACCGGCUCUUCCACGAAUGGGCAACAAAAAACUAAACCGUGCUCCAGUGUGCUUUAAAAAACAAGAACAAAAAACCGUGCUUAAUCACAAGACUCGAAUUAUCCAAUAACUAUAGCAAUAUUUAAUUAAAACAAAUGCGACGACUGCUCUCUCCCGAGAAGAGAAAGUUACGGUAACAGAAAAGGGGAUGGUGGCGAACAGUUUCGCUGGUGAAUUAUAAAAUUACUAAUGAUACAAUUAUCAGUAAUGGUAACAAGAGCACGCAAACCACAAAAGAAAAUCCAGACCGAAUCGCGAGAUUCGCAGCGGAAACAAAAUACACACGUGUUAAAGACUUUUAUAAUAGUUAUGUAAAAAAUUGGAAUGAUUGUGAUUUAAGUAGAGACAUUUGAAUAAAACAAAAACAGAACAAAACAAAUAUUAUAGCUGUGCGUGCAUGGCAGGCCGAAAUUUGAUAAGAGAAAUAAAAAUCAAUACACUUAUGUAAAAGCGUUAUGAAUCACACAAGUGAGCAAAUUAAGAAAAACAAACAAAAAACUAGGAAAAAUUUAAUCGAACCGUGCACGCCGUAAUCGAAUAGUAACAACAACACACAGAAAACAAAGUAAAAACAAAAAGCGGUAGUUUUAGACACAUUACGAAGACACACACACACACACACCGGCGAAAAUAAAACGUAACUUUACCAGUGAAUUGACGCGCGUGUGACACUAUCGAAGUGAGUGCGUGGUGAAACAGAACGAAACGAAAAAAAUGGCCUCCAACGCGUGACUGGUUUGACGUUUGCGGGGAGUUUUGUAGAUCGUGGCAUGCCAUGACUUUUUAGGUUCUUUUUUAUUUUGACAUUUUGACGUUGGGUUGUUGGUCAUGGCCAACUUCGUCUGUAUUUUUUUGUUUUUUUUUUUUUUUUUAAUUUUCAUUUGUUUUAGAAGAUAUUUUUACGUAUUCAAAGAUUGAAAUUAAACCAAUUUUAUGUGUGUCCCCGCAAACAAAUCAACUAGACGUGGACCGCCAACUAAACAGUCGAAGCCCAACUUCAGAAUAAGUCAACCUACUCAGCUAUUCUUCAAAACAUCAAUAAAAUUCCAUUCCCGAUUUCCAUUUUUAAACGAAAGUCUUUUUUCUACGAAAAACAAACAAACACACUCAAGUCGUAAGUGGUUUUAAACAAAAGUAACUUAAAGAAAUUGCAUCUAGGAAAGCAAAAUAACUCACACACGAAAAAAGAAAAACACUAACACACGCCCAUAAGUAAAAUGAGAGCACUAUCAAAUACACUCAACAUUUCAUUAGAUCUCACACACAAAAAAAAUGAAUCAAGCAAGGAUAUUCCUCACUUAACCACACCGAACUAGAGGGGGAAAGUCUAAAUAAUGGAGCGACACAACUUUACGAAAAAGUGGCAAGAAAAAAGAAAUGUUACGAGAGUAAAAACAAAAAAAAAGUAGGCAUAAUAUCAAUAUUUAAUGUUCUUGAAACCAACAAUAUUCACACAACUAUAUACAAAAAGAAAAUGGAAACCACAUAAUAAUAAUUGAUGAAGUAUAAGAGUAAGAUAAUUUAUAAUAAAAUUCAAAACAUCUCGACGCGAGCAUUUCGGGUUGGUUUUCCGCGUUUUCCAUCGUUGUUCAUGGAGAGCUGCAAGCCAAACCGAAAUGUGUGUCGCGUUUCGGGAAAAACAUUCAUUCUAAACUAGUGAAGGCAAAUGAAGUAAAAACGAAAGUAAGCGAAGAAAACAUGAAAAAUUCAAAAUUGGAUAUGUUAAUAAAUUAUUAGUACUUACAGUAUAACUAAUAAGGCAUCACACGAGGUAAGAGAAGCAGGCGGAGAGAAUAGAGAGAAAAAAAAUACGAAGUGAUUUAAAAAAUGAGAAAAACCAGAAAACACUCUUCUAUUGCGCACACACACUCACACAAACACAUUUACACAUAAAAACUGGCAAACUGAAAUCGUCGUAGAAGAGAGCAAAAAAUAAAAGUUAUUGUUUAAAAAUGAUUAUUUUACAAACAAGAGAUCAAAUCUUAUUUUAAGCGAAAUAGUUGUAAGGAAGAAAAAACCAAGCAGUAAGCUCUAGUAGAGAAUAGUUGAACUAAGAGAAAGUCAUUGAAGUUAGCCAGUUCGAUUUGGCGUUAAGAGCUCUCUCUCUUUCUCUGCAGCUGCAAUUGAUUUUAAAGUUAAACUCAAAAACACGAGAUAUUCAUUCUUCUGGAAUGCUGCAAAUGCUUGUUAAAUUUUCGUUAACGAUUUAUUUAUGCAGAGAUAUUUUUUACUCAAAAAUUAUGUUUUUCUUUUGCUUUACACAAUUGCAUACAAUUAUUUGUGUAUGCAUUAAGGCUGUAGAGGUUUAAUUUUUGCACGAAAACAAGUCUGACUAAUUGAUAUGUUUUAUUUUGUGCGCGAAUGUACAUUCCAAAGAUUCUUUAUACUUUUAUGGUUUAAGUCUAGCAAACGUCUGCUGCGGUCAUUUGUCCGACACAAUUUUUUUGGACUCGCAAAGCGCAAACAAAAAAAACUAGAACAAAUUUUCGAGUAUAUAUAAAGUAUAUAAAUCCUGUUGAUAGUUCUUAUUAAUCUUAUAAUUCGUAUCAGAGCGUAUCUUAAAUGAGAUGAGAGAAAUGAGCGGAUUGCCGCCUUUGUAUGUAACACACAAACAAGCAACACUGCAAAACCAAGGUAGCAUUUUAACGAGAAAAAAACAUAGAAUUACAAUUGACAGCAUUCGAACAAAGCAGUAUUUCACCGAAAAAAACAACACAGAUUUCCUUUUCCACGACUGGCAACACUGACAGCUGUACGCAAUACUCCACGCGAUUUUGCUCGAUUCCAAGACGACACUCACAAACACAUACGCAUUGCUGGUGCCAUAGACGCGCCUACUAAGAUGGCUCGUCUUUCAGUCGAAGUUUAGUUCACAAAGCAGCAAUUUCCAACUUUUCGUUUUUAAUCAUAACAGCAACAAAUCGAUCUCUACGUCCCAAAACAAACACACACACACACUGACACACAUCCAAACAAACAAAAUUGCUCUUCGCAAAACAAGUGCAAACUGGUUUCAGUAAGAAAUUAAAAAAAAGAAGAAAUACAAGUGGAAUCAAGCGAAAAUCACACACACAAAAGAAGCAGCGGUUUAAUUAGUUUUCAAAACGAACGAACUACACGAGCAAAAGCAGCUAGGCAGGCAGGCAACACAGUUUAAGAUAAGUCGUAGUGAAAAAAAAUGUUGUUUAGCACAUAACAUACACACACUCUCACACACAUAAAACCACAAAGAUGGAAAAUUACCUGUCAAAAUCGAAAUCGUGAUUAAGCUCACGAAAUUUGUAAAUAGUCCUUGUUCUUUUUUUUCAAUUCGGUAUGAUUUCAAGGUAACAAAUAAACCCAAACUCACACAGGAAUAAGAGCCACUUUCUCCCUCUCACAGAACAGAAAAUAUUCUCAAAUCAACUGAAAAAAAAACACACACACACAAACACUCAAACAAACACAAAACACGCAAAAGAAAUAAAAAAAACAACAUUCCAUUAGCUUCUAGUUUGUAUCGAAUAAGAAUAUAGAGAAAAAAGAAAACAAAACAAAAAAAAAUCUUGCCGGAUUUAGUGGAACUAAAGAUUUAAAACAGUAUAAUACAAGAACAAGAAACAAGAAAAAAAAAUUAAGUUAGCAUGUGGUCAAAUUGAGAACAAGUAAAAGGUUGAAAAAAAAAAAAUCGAAAAGAGAAAACGUGCGCAAACGUGACGGGGUAUGAAAUCUUACACUUGUUUAAGUUUUUGUCGAAUUUAGUUUAGGGAUUCUUGUUUUGUUACAAAUCGCAGCGCUGUGUUUGUGAUGUCGUAUAGUAAAGGAAGAUUAUGAAUUAAGUUAUAUUUUAAGAUUCAAAUCAAAGUGAACACACACAGAACUUAAUUUGUAACGCUUCGAUUUUAUUUAUGUGAGAAUGAAGAAAGGAAACGAGAUUGAUUUUAUUUAUUACGGUUUUCUUAUUUAUUUGAUGCAAAUGAUCUAUUUUUUCAUCGAAGGUUAUUUUAUUUAGUUUUAAGCUAAGUUGUACAAUGUAAAUCGGAUAUAAUUUUCACAAAAGUAAAUAAAAGAUAUGAAAAA